AUGAGCGAUCCACUUAAACGUGUUGCUAUCGUUGGUAGUGGUAACUGGGGUUCUACCAUAGCAAAAAUUAUUGGCAAUAAUAUUGUAAAAUUUAAUACAUUUGAAAAUGAAGUACGCAUGUAUGUUUAUGAAGAAAUGGUCGAUGGACGAAAAUUAACUGAAAUUAUUAAUGAAGAACAUGAAAACACCAAAUAUUUACCAGGCCACAAAUUUACGCCCAACAUUGUAGCUUACGCAGAUGUAGUUGAAACUGUCAAAGAUGCUGAUAUUUUACUAUUUAUUUUGCCACAUCAAUUUGUUGAACGAACAUGUAAUGCGAUUAAAUCGCAUGUAAAACCGGGUGCUUUUGCUGUCUCUUUUUCGAAGGGCUUUUAUGUCGGUAAGGAUAAUACUGUUGAAUUGCUAUCAACAGCAAUAACUCGUUUAUUGGAAAUACCUUGCUAUGUUGUAAUGGGCGCAAAUAUAGCCUCUGAAGUAGCGUCGGGAACAUUUUGUGAAGCAACAGUUGGCGCACGUAAUUAUGAACAUGGACAGAUGGUGAAAGGUCUUCUUCAAACUGAAGAAUUUCGUAUUGUUAUUAAGCCCGAUACAGAAGUUAUCGAAGUACUGGGUGCAUUAAAAAAUAUUGUUGCUGUAGCGGCAGGAUUUUCCGAUGGAUUAGGAUAUGGUGAUAAUACGAAAGCUGCUGUUAUUCGUCUUGGAUUAAAAGAGAUGGUUAAAUUUUGUGAAGAAUUUUUUCCGGGACAUCAUCCACACAUAUUUUUGGAAUCAUGUGGUGUUGCAGAUCUCGUAACAACUUGUUAUGGCGGUCGUAAUCGUAAAGUAGCUGCAGCAUUUGUUAAAACUGGUAAAGAUAUUAAAACAUUGGAAGCAGAAAUGCUCAAUGGACAAAAAUUACAAGGACCUGAUGCAGCUGCUGAAGUUAAAGAAUGGCUCAAAGAAAAAGGACAAGCUAAUAAAUUUCCAUUGUUUACAGCCGUGCAUGAUAUAUGUGAACGACGAAUUGAACCAACAGCAUUAAUUGAUGCUCUUCGUUAUCAUCCAGAAUUCUGGUAA